AAUCGGUUCCAUUUAGUCUUAAAUAUUUUCUAUUCUGAAGAGAGGCGACGAUUUCUUCGUUCAAAUCCAUCUCCGUGAAUGGAGCUUCAGAGAUCAGUGAUGAUGAGGCUCUUUCUAGGGUUUCUGCUACUGUCUUUCGCACCUAUCUCUAUUCAUGGAAGAUUCGUGGUGGAGAAGAACAGCUUGAGGGUAACAUCAUCAGACCGAAUCAGCAGAACAAAUGACAGCACCAUUGGAAACUUUGGAAUACCUCAAUAUAGUGGUAGCAUGGCUGGGAAUGUUUUGUACCCAAAAGAUAAUCAAAAGGGUUGUAAGGAGUUUUCUGACUUUGGGAUUUCGUUCCAAUCCAAGCCUGGAGCUCUUCCGACCUUCGUUUUGCUGGAUCGUGGAGGUAAUCUUCUCCAUUUCACUCUCCCAAUCCCAAAACGAUGAAUAGCUACUUCCACCGAUUUGGCUUCUUAAUAGUGUUUCGCCAACCUUGUUGGAACACAAUUGGAAUUUCUCUUGGCAUGCGCUGCUUUGAAAUUACACGGGCUGCUUUGAAAUUUCUCUUGGUGACACAAUUAGAGUUGGAACACCUGGUUCUGUUGUUCCAAUGCUUGAGGCUGUCAUGGCUGUCGUUCCUGUUGAGAAGUUGGCUGUCCACUUUCAUGACACUUAUGGGCAAUCUCUGCCAAACAUUUUACUGUCCCUUCAAUAAGGAUUUGGAUUAUUUCAUUGGAGGUCCUUCAUUCCGAGCAUGGUGUUGUACGGGAAAUUUUCAUGGAGGUUGUUUAUCCAAAAAAAAUUAUGGAGAAAUUAUCGGUCAAAACAUGGAAAAUUCAGUUGUAUGUAGAUCUAAAACGAACAAUGAGUGCAAAGUACUAUCAAUUCACCAUUCAAGCAGCUGAGUCGAUAAAAGAUUAAGAAGAAGUUUCACUACUCUUUUUAGUUUUUCUAAUAAUAUUCUAUAUUAAGACUUUAUUUAAUAAUUUUUUUUCUAUUUUAAGAUUGCACAUUUUUUUUUUAAUUUUCAUUAAAUAAUAUUUGCUUUAAAUUUUGCAAA